CCUACCAUGACCGCCUUUUACCCUCACGACCCAGAUAUGGCCUAUAUGUCCCAAGACGAGAACAUCAGCCAUCUCUUUCCUUCCAGCACUUGUCAAUCGCCGCCCAGCAUCAUGUAUUCUCCACCGCUACACCACAUGUCACACAGACUACCCUCCUCCUCACAACCUGCCCUUGGCCACAUGUAUACAUCGGCACCCGACUACAGAUCCGUUCCCAGCUCCCCCUACCCUGCACCCAACUACUGGAAUUCGCAGCCUCCGGCCAUGCCUCAGACACACGUCACCUACUCUUCUUAUCCUCCGCUGUCCGUCAUGUCGCCUGGCCAGUCUCUAGUGCCAGAAGCAGCCUUGCUUUCCCAGCCACUGGUCAACCGCCCUUCACGUUCACACUCGGCGUCCUCGUUGGGUAUGGCUUCCACAAGCACAGGCGAUAGAUCGCCACCAUCAUUGUCAAGAUCAAUGUCCCCGAGCUCGCCUGAUCUGCGCAACUAUGGUUUUGCCAACAAAAACGGAACGUGGAGUUGUGCGUAUCCCGGAUGCACAUCGAGAGCCGUAUUCACGCGCGGAUGUGAUCUUCGAAAGCACCAUAAGAGGCACACUAAAUCCUUCUUUUGCCGACACGAGGGGUGCCCCCAAGCAACCGGUGGUGGUUUCUCUAGCAAAAAAGACUUGGCGAGGCAUGAAGCAAAGCAUAACCCCGGCGUGCUUUGCGACUGGGAUGGUUGCGACAGAGUGUUCAGUCGCGUAGAUAACAUGAGAGAUCACGUGAAGAGAAUCCACUUGAAAGCGUCUCGCAACUCGACUGCCCCCAAACCAAACCUCUCCUCAUGA